AGCAGCAGCAGCAGCAGCAGCUUGGAUGAGAAGCAGCGGAGCGGCUCCAUUCUAACUGGAUGGAUUGGUAUGGGGAGAAGCGGACCUCACACCACGGCUAAGCGGCACUUUUGGGACUGUGUGACGGUGACGAUGGUUUUACUCUCGCUGCUGUUUCGAGCAGCUCACUGCCAGCAGUGUCGAAUCCAGCGCUGCAAUGCGGAGUACGUGGCUUCUACCUCGCCCUCUAGUGGCCUGCAUGAGGACGCGGCCAUGGACCUGGACUACUGCAUCGCCUUGCGGGCCUACGCUCUGUGCACCCGACGCCAGGCGCGCAGCUGUAGGGGAGACUUAGUUUACCACUCAGCUGUCUUCCGCAUUAAGGAGCUAUUCUCUCAGCACAAUUGCUCCAGCGACGGACCCACGUCCUCCGCCAAGGUCCCGAGCACGUCCCGGCCGGCCGUGUCCGAGCUGUGCGACUACGAGAACCGGGUCCUUGGGUCGGGCUCUGCUGCUCAGAAGAAAUACGCCCACUGUGGAUUAUUUGGAGACCCGCACCUACGGACUUUCCGAGACGAGUUUCAGACCUGCAAGGUGGAGGGGGCGUGGCCUCUGAUCGAUAACCGCUACCUGUCGGUGCAGGUGACCAAUGUGCCCGUCGUCCUGGGCUCCAGUGCCACGGCAACCAGCAAGAUCACAGUUAUCUUCAAGUCCUAUCAAGGCUGUACGGAUCAGAAGGUGUACCAGGCCACGACUGAGGACCUGCCUCUGGCUUUCCAGGACGGUAGUCGCAGCGGCGGCGGCGAGAGCGGCAGCCUCACGGUGGCAGAGCGAGGCGGCUCCGGAGUGGGCCGGCAGGUGAAGAUUCAGGCCCGCUACAUUGGCACUUCAAUAAUCAUCCGGCGUGUAGGCAGCUACCUGACCUUCGCCAUCCGCAUGCCAGAGGACAACCUGGACUUUUCGGACGAAAAUGGCGGCCUGCAGCUCUGCCUGCACGGCUGCCCACGCAACGAGCUCAUCAAGGAGCACAGGCUGGGCCGCCAGAGCCAGCAGCCCCGCCUGCAGGGCACCAACACGGAGCUGGGCCCUCUGCGGCCGCCACACCAGGUGUACACGGUGGAGCGGGCCACGGCCAAGUGUAGAGAGACUCUGCAGGUGGAGGACGUGUACUUUCAGUCCUGCGUGUUUGACUUGCUGACCACUGGAGACCCAGAGUUCUCAAUGGCAGCCUUCGGUGCUCUGGAGGAUUUAAAGGCGCUGCCGCCCAGUAAACUGAGGCAGAACUCCCCGAGGACUAUUCGUCCCUACAACGGUGGGGUGUCGCACCCACCGGCUGCAGCCCCCCUGCUCUCACUCCUCCUCACCCUGCUGCUUUUGUAAAAAAUAAAUAUAAAUGAUUAUUAAAAAAGAGCGUGGAAGAACGUGGAAGCUUUACCAGCUUGAGGAAAGAGUGAUUAGUGCUCGGACAUUUUUUUGUUGAAUUUCUGAAUUGUUUUCUAUUUUUGUCAUUUGAAGGAUUUCACACUAAAAAAAAUGACAUUUUCUCCCACUUUACAUUUCCGGUGGAUUCAUACACGGAUCACAUCAUUUUGAAGAAAAACAAAUACGUACGGUUAUGUUCACAUUCUCACUAUUCAUUUCUUUAAAAAGGUAAAAGCGUGUGUACCAACUUUAAGGGCGGAUUAACAGAAUGGAGGUUCUUUUUGUAAAUAUUUCAUUUUUAUUGAGAAAAUGUACAACCUCCAAACUCUCCACUGUGUUUGGCUGCAUAUAACUCCAUGAAAUAUAAGCUGCUCUUUAAUGCAGAGCAAACGUGGCUUCUAGAUCCUGUAUAAUCCAGUAAUAUCAAUAGCACUUACAGGUUUUAACAGCAAGUUUUGUGUAUUUAAAUGUUUCUUUGUCUAUUUCAAGAAUUCUCUCAGAAACCAGCAUGCUAAAUACACAGGAUCCAACAACUUUAAGGCAAAACUACCUACCCAUAACAAGUGUCCAUGAACUAUUCUCAGUCGUUUUCAUUUCCUCCUGUGAAACACUCCUCUUCAAGCUGUUUGGCUUCCAGUUUUUAAGGUUAAAAACCCCCACAAAUCUUUAUAUAAUAAUAUAUUAAAAGAGUGUAUAUAUGUGUUUAAUAUUGUGUACAUUUGCCUGUGUAUAGAUGUUUUAACUGUAAUAUGUUUUGCAUUGGUUUUGUUUAGCAGGUUAU